CAAAUGCAUGAGGAUCAACUGGAGCGGAAAGGAUUUAGGCAGAUCGAAUCCGCUGGAGGAAGCUUGCUGCCUAAUGCUUUUCACGUAACGGUAGUAUCUAAAUUUAAGUAAAAGCUGCAACAAGGGUAGCUACAUUGAUUUAUCGAUGACUAAAGAAGUGGAACUUUGUUGGGAAAGCAAUCAGAAAAAAUAAAAAUAGUUAUGAAGAGAAUAUUUUGGAGCAAAUACCGAAUUCUUUUGUUGCUGCUGGGGAUGACAGCUAGCUUAUACAUUCUAUUUCUCUAUUAUUCCAUGUCGAAACUGGAUGCGGUCAACAGUAAUUCCUUUCUGUUAGAAAGAAGAAAUAUUAUUAAAGUGGCAGCAUUGCAUGAUAAAAUGCAGGAAAUUCCAGAAAUUUCAGUUGUUUCAAGAGUACAGCAAUCCAGACUGCACUCAAAAGUUAAAAUAAGAGGUGUAUUUCUUGAUCAAAUGCACCUUUAUUUUCCAACAAAGAACAACACAUUUCAAUGUCUGCAUUCCAAGCAACAGAUUCCAUACCAGCAUUUGAAUGAUGAUUUCUGUGAUUGCAAUGAUAACUCUGAUGAACCUGGAACUUCAGCUUGUCAUUCAUCAAAGUUUUAUUGCACUUUUCAGCUGGAAGGAUUGAAACCUCAGUUUACUUGGUCGAGUCGUGUACAAGAUGGUAUUUGUGAUUGCUGUGAUGGUAGUGAUGAAUGGUCAAAUGAAGUUUUACCUGAUAACAUCCGAAUUAAAGACCCUGCUUUAGGAGGUGCAGUGAUGCAUGCUCCCUGUGCUAAUUGGUGCCUAACAAUUCUUCAGAAAGUUCAUCGGAAGAAAAUGAUGCUACUAGAAGGCCGUAAACAUAAAGCUCCCUAUUUGGCAGCAGCAGCUAAUGUGGAAAACAAACUGAGCUAUGGUCCUGAAGGUGUGUUUUACAAACUAAGUCUGAAAUGUUUUCAAAUUCAACUUCCUCCUUAUGACUACAAUAUAUGUCCUUUCAAGAAAUGUACUCAGCAAAAGUUUCCACAACCAGUGAUAUCAAUGGGACAGAAACCUGUGUGGGAGAAAAUGAGACCUGGUUCUUAUGUCUUAAAGAUGACAGGAGGUAGUGCUCAGUAUUGCCCAGAAAACAGAGAUCGUCUUUCAUGGAUAACUUUUGAAUGUGGAGUUGUUGAUAAAGUGAAAUCAAUACACGAAGAUGCUUGUGAAUAUUAUAUCAAAUUCAGUACACCUGCUGCAUGCUGAUUUCAUUCAUCUUCUGGCAAAAGUAUUUGGGACCAGAACUUCAGUUUUUUUUACCUUGUUAUUCAUGUCUACAUUCCAUCAAGAAUUUGAUUAGACUUCAUUUCCUUAUCAUUACAUUUGGCCUAAGGACAAUUUGUUCAGUCAAUAGUCUUUUGUUUUUUCCUGUGAUUCUUAUGUGCCUGUACUAUAUAAAAAUAUAAGCUCUACAGGUAUAGUAGCUGUGAAGUAAAGAACUUUUGACUAUAAUACUGUCCAAUCUUAUUACAGGUAUGGAUGUAGAAAAGGGAAAUUGUUCUAAUCUAAUGAUCUGUAAAUAUUUAUUACUCUUUCUUUACUGAAGAGGAGCUUCCAAUGGGAAAAGCAUCUAACUAGAAAUUCUUUUUUAAAAAUAUUUAUGCAAGUAUGCAACAUUUCAAACUUUCAUUCAUUCAUGGAUAUUAUUGAAAAACAGAUGUGAAUUUCUUAAAACCAUAUUGCUGAAUAUAUUAUGAAAUAACAAAACCACUUUUUUGGUUGACAUCUACAGUUUGUUAUUUCAAAUGGGUGUACCAAAUUUGGGGAUUUUGAUGCUGUGGUGAGACCAAUUUUUCAUCCUCCUGAAAUGUAU